AUGCUUGAAAUCAAGUCUAUAGACGACAUCGUACACAUGAGCAAGGCAAGCUUCGUAGGAUGCAGCCCGGCCGCCCUGACGAACGGGACGCGCACACUGGCCACUUCUCCUUGGGCCCAGUCGUUCCCCGCUGAAUUAUUGGCGAGGAUAUUUCUGCAUCUGCGCGAUAUAUCUGUCCAGUGCUACGGAUAUCCGCGGCCGUCCUGGCUCGCUCUCACAGAGGUAUGUUGGGCAUGGAGGCAGGUCGCGCUUGACACUCCCGGUCUGUGGACCCAUCUCGUGGUAUACGGUCUGGGAUAUCCUGGGUUGCUCGAGAACAUUCUAGCUCGCUCCCGCGGCGAAUAUAUUCAUCUCGUGCUGAAGCUGUUUGUGCCGCCAAAUCCAUCGAGUCGUCCACAACCAUCGGAUAGUCUGAACGUUCUCGGGAAGAACCUCCUUGACGGCUUUCGGGCGCAUGGUGCACGCAUCCUCUCGCUCACAGUGAAAUCUUGGGCAGUAAAUUGCUGGAUGCUCAUUCGAGAACUUGUCCCUUCUUGUACCUUUUCCACCCUCAGAACGCUCUCUCUCGAGGCGCGCCCAGACAAUCCGGUUCAUGUCGACUUUCCACGAAAAUCAUUCCCUAAUCACGUCACCAUCCACACAUCCUCCGUUCACCUUGUCCUUUACGCCCAUGAUACUUCCAACAUCCUGCGGACAAUACACUACCACAGCGACCCUGUGCUCCUCCGUGCCUACGCAUCCCUUUUCCCGCAAGCGCUGAAACAAUUCACUGACCUCACGGAUCUCCAUCUCGGGUACUGUGGACCACGGGUGACACAAAAUAUACCCCUGCACGACAUUUUUCUGCCUCGCGGGCUGGAGCGAUUGUCGAUUGAAGAUGAGCCGUGGGAGAUGCAGUCCGUCCUCUCGCACCUGAUCUUCCAGAACCGUACGCAGCUCCAAGCAGAGGACGCUGAGGCAGGCGUGAUGGAUAUCGCACUUCAAUUCCUCGACCUCUCUGUCGACCUUCGGCAGAAAAAGCACUACACGGCUUGCGUCCUCGAAGACACGCUUCAGGCUUUCAAGUGGUGGGGCGUAUACAGCUUCGUCUCCAGCUGCAGCUUCGCCCGCAUUGAUCUCUGGCCGAACUACGCGUUGCACAUGGAUGCCGGAACCUGUUCGAGUCAGGACACUCCCAAGUUCCAGCUCGCGUUCAAGAGGGGCCCGGAGGCCGUGAUCGAGGACAUCGCUGCUAACCUCAUCCAGAAUUACUGCCGCCUGUUUUCACCCGUCGAAAAGCCUGAGCCUGACGUCGCUUUCUCCAACUUGACCCAUUUCUCGCUUCAUGACGGGACGGGUUCUCUCGGACGACGUUUGCAAUGGGGCCCGUUUUUGCGCGGCUUGCCGGCGAGCGUGUGUUCCCUCGCUCUGGGGAACGCGGACCUUGUCCGCGACUUCGUCAACGCCUUGCAGGACCUCGCUAAGGCCGCGCCUGAAAAGACAUGUCGGGCGAGGAAGUCUGUGCACUUCAAUGAAAUCUGUUGUUGUGUGCACGACAGCAUACUUUCGGAGCAGCGUCUGAAGACGGUCACUGGAAUCCUGUUGAUGUGUCGGAAGCGCAACGUUCUGAACGUAGACGAGUUGAUUCUACGCUUGCCUGUCGAUGCGUCCCUCCAUCACCAGCCCGGCAAAUCCACCGUUCCGGGAAAAUUCGGGCGAAAUUGUAGGGUAUCGGCUUAUCGCCAGGCCUGCGAUACCUGCCAUAGUCCGUCGAGCGUUCCCAGGCUCCCGACGGAUCUCGCGGCCGAAAAGGCAGACCGUGCAACGGUUUGCCUCUCGAGCAAUACGCGUCCUCCUACCUCGCCUUCGCAUUGGGAGAAUAUUGAGCAGAUCUGGGAGGAGCAUAUUGGCGAUAUGGCGGAGACAUAUGAAGACAUUGAUUGGACGUACAUGAACAUCUGAGACACGUGCACUAAUAUGCAGCACACAGCUUGACAAGUACGCAUAAGACACUCCGGCCUUAUCAUCUCUGUAUGUGUAAUCGAU